AUUAAACGACCUUCAAAAUGUCAAGGACACUAAACGACCACAGGUUUGCCGGUUGGUUGAGGUGAUCUGUCUGCUUCGUUGUAAACAGAAAUAGCUACACGCGCCGAGAGAUCGAACGUUACAUAAGGUGAAGGUUGAAUCUGAGAAAGGCCGAAAGAAGCGACUUCAAAGAGGCAAGAAGACUCAUCAGAAAGAAGGACCAUGGCUAACAAGGUGUACAUAACACGGAGAAUUCCACCUGUAGGGAUCGAUUUGUUUCGAGAGAAAGGAGUCGAAAUCGAUUUCUGGGAUUCUGACGAAGCCAUCCCACACCAAGAAUUAGUGAAAAAUGUGAAAGGCAAAGGUUACGCUGGUCUUCUGUGUCUCCUCACUGACCAGGUUGAUGCAGAAGUCUUCGAGGCUGCCGGUCCUAGUCUGAAGGUAGUGUCCACUUUGUCGGUUGGCUAUGAACACAUUGAUUUGAAGGCAUGCAAAGCACGCAACAUCAUUGCGUGUAACUUGUCGAAGAUUUCCACCGAUUGUGUUUCAGAGUUUGCGGUUACUUUAGCGUUGGCGGUUAGUAGACGCAUUGAAGAAGGUAUUGCUGCUGUUCGAAAUGGCAACUGGGGCCUCUGGAAACCAAUGUGGAUUUUAGGAUCUAGUUUUGCAAACCGUACCAUAGGAGUCCUUGGUAUGGGCAGAAUUGGAUAUGGUGUGGCUCGGCGUAUGAAAGCUUUUUGUAUUUCUCGUUUGAUCUACCAUGAUAUCAAAGAAUCAUCAUUUGCCCAAGAACUUGGAGCAGAAUUUGUUGAUCUGGAAACUUUACUGAAAGAUUCGGAUGUCAUCUGUAUUUGCUGUAACCUGACUCCAGCUACGCAUUAUCUCUUCAACAAGGAGAACUUCAAGAAGAUGAAGAAUACGGCAAUUCUUAUCAAUACCAGUCGUGGCGGUGUCAUCAAUCAUGAUGAUUUGUACGAUGCACUAAAAAAUCAUGAAAUUGGUGCUGCCGGACUUGAUGUCACUGAGCCUGAACCCCUGCCGAAAGAACAUCGUCUCAACUCGCUACCAAACUGUGUCGUCACACCGCAUAUGGGUAGCAACACUUGGGAAGCUCGGAACAACAUGUCUUACAAUGCUGCUCUGAACAUUGUUUCCGUCUUCGAGAACCAAACUCCUAUAGGAAAGAUUAAGAAUUAAAGAAGCUUUCAGAAAAAGUCACAUCAUAAAGAGAUCAUAAUUACCAUUGUUAUAAUUAUUAUUAUUAUUGUUGUUAUGAACAUUAUUAUAUCAUUAGGGGGCAGUGGAUUAGCGGAAUCAUUAGAGCAUUGGACAAAAUGCCUUAUGGUAUUUAGUUACUGCUCUUGAUGUUCUGAGUUCAAAUCCUACUGAGAUCAACUUUGCCUUUCAUCCUUCCAAGGUUGAUAAAGUAUCAGUGAAAAACUGGGGGGAGGGAUAUUAGUCAACACCCUCCCCGCUUACAAAUUUGUAGCCAUGUGCCCUAUGUUUGAAAUUAUUAUUGUUGUUGUUAUUCAGGAGCACGGUGGCUUGGCAGACUUGUUAGAGCAUCGGUGAAAUACCUUGUGGUAUUUGUUCUGGCUCUUUAUCCUCUGAAUUCUAAUUCCACCAAGGUCAACUUUGCCUUUCAUCCUUUCGUGGUCGAUAAAUUAAGUACCAGUCAUGUACUGGGGUCGAUAUUAAGACUGUUCCCCUUGCUCCAAAUUUGUGGUCAUGUGCAUUUGUCAGAUCAUUAUUAUUAUUAUAAUUAUUGUAAUUUAAGUGUUAGAGUGCUGGACCAAGUGCUUUGCAGUACUUAGUUCUGUCUCUUUUCACAAUUCAAAUCCUGUUGUGGUUGAAUUUUUCCCCUCUUCAUCACUCCAGGUUUGAUAAAAAUCUGUCUUUUUCAAGUUUGUGGCCCCUGUGCCAAACUUAUUACCUCCCUAUCUGUUGUUGCUAUUAUUAUUAUUAUAUUUCAUAUUUUUGUUGGUAAAUGCUUUCUGUUUUACAAUGAUUAUAAUUUGGCAUAAAGUAAUAUCUCACUCUAUAUUUCUUAAUUAUGAUGACCACAUUAAUUACAAAUUUUUUAAUUAUUAUUUUUUUAUGAGGUAUUGGAUCUCUGAGUUUAUAGAGAGGUGAGUUUCCAAUCAAAGACAUAUAUAUUUCUAUAUAAUAUAUAUUUCUCAAAAAUUACUAAUGCCACUAUUCUUGACUUUUUUGGCCUCUUUGAUAGUUAAUCUUAUCUAAAGUGAGUUAUUCUCAAUUCAAAUUCUUGGGUUAGUAGAUAAAAUUUAGUUUUAGAAACUGGUCACUUUUUGACCAUUGUGGUCAUUUAAAAAAACAAAA